UUGUGUAUUGUUACUAAUCUAACUUUUAAGUUGUGUUGUGGUGAUAAGUUGAAAUGGCUGGAAGGAAUGACGCUGCAAUGGCUGCCGCAAUGCAAGCGAUGGCACAAGCUGUGCAGAACUUGCCAAAUGCUGGUGGAGAUGCUGGAUCACGUAGCUUGGCGACUUUUCAAAGAGAGAAUCCGCCGGUGUUUAAAGGGAAGCAUGAUCCAGAUGCAGCCUUGGGAUGGUUGAAAGAGAUCGAGAGAAUCUUCCGUGUUAUGGAUUGCACUCCAGCUCAGAAGGUUCGGUAUGGCACUCACAUGCUAGCAGUCGAAGCUGAUGACUGGUGGCUAGAGACUCACGAGAGAUUGACCGUGGCAGGUGAAGUCAUUACUUGGGAUGUAUUCCGUGGGGAAUUCAUGAGAAAGUAUUAUCCGGAGGAUGUCCGCGGUAAGAAAGAAAUUGAGUUCCUUGAGCUGAAGCAAGGAAACAUGUCUGUCACUGAUUAUGCUGCAAAAUUUGUGGAGUUGUCCAAAUUUUAUCCUCAUUACACUGGUGCUGGUGCUGAAUUUUCAAAGUGCAUCAAGUUUGAAAACGAAGACAAUAAUGCUCAUUACAAGAUUGUCAGUGACCGCAGGGGCAAGCAACAUCAAAGUCGUGGCAAGCCGUACGAUGCUCCAGUGGGAAAAGGGAAACAAGGAGCUGCUCCGGCUCAGAGGACUAGUAGGGGAGGUGCUCCUGCUGGUAUAGUUUGCUUCAAAUGUGGUCAGGCUGGUCAUAAGAGUAAUGUAUGCACUGCUGAAGUAAAGAGGUGUUUUCGCUGUGGUAAGACUGGCCAUGCAAUAGCUGAUUGCAAGCACAAGGAAAUGAUUUGUUUUAAUUGUGGUGAAGAGGGGCAUAUUGGAAGUCAGUGUCAGAAGCCAAAGAAAUCUCAAACUGGAAAGGUGUUCGCAUUGACCGGAACUCAAACCUCCAGUGAGGACAGACUUAUCCGAGGUACAUGUUUCAUAAAUGGUACUCCUUUAAUUACUAUUAUUGAUACCGGUGCUACACACUGUUUUAUUUCUGCUAACUGUGCUCGACGACUGGGUUUAAAAUUAUCCGCUUUGGAUGGUGAAUUGAUUGUUGAGACCCCAGCUAAGGGAUCAACAACUACUUCCUUGGUAUGUUUAAAAUGUCCUUUGUCGAUCUUCGAUAAAGAUUUCUAUGUUGAUUUAGUAUGUUUGCCGUUGGAUGGGAUGGAUGUAAUUCUUGGUAUGAACUGGUUAGAGUAUAAUUAUGUUCAUAUAAAUUGUCAUCAUAAGUCGGUGAGGUUUUCCACUCCUGAAGAGGAAGGAGUUGACUUAUUACCUUUCAGAGAAUUGCGAAAAUUGAUGAAAGAGGGAGCUCAGAUGUUUUCUUUGAUGGCGACGUUGUCGGUUGAGAGUAAAGCUAAGAUAGAGGAACUGUUAGUGGUGAAAGUGUUAGGAAAGCUGCAAGAAAGGGGUUUGGCUAUACUGAUGCAGUUAAAUAUGUGCCAGAUUUAUCACCACACAAAGGGAUUGAUUUUCAAAACCACCAUGGCUGCCAAUCGAAUGUUUGUGUUGCUAUCGAGCACUCGAUCAGUCAAACAGGAAAGAGAUGAAAAGUGUCUCCAAGUAAUCACUCAAGAGGUGGCUCAUUUAUGGCAUCAAAGAUUCGGUCAUCUCAACUACAAAGGAUUGAAGACUUUGCAAACAAAGGGCAUGGUGAGAGGCUUGCCAAGUUUUUCCGAGGGUGAGAUUAUGUGCAGCGAUUGUUUGAAAGGGAAACAACAUAGAGAUGUAAUCCCAAAGAAAAUUACAUGGAGAGCAUUAUCAAAGUUGGAGCUCGUUCACGCUGAUAUUUGCGGCCCAAUAUCUCCAGUUUCAGAGGGCAGCAAGAGAACAGAUCGUGGGGGUGAAUUCACAUCAAGUGAGUUCAAAGAAUAUUGUGAAACGAAUGGGAUGAAGAGGAAAUUAACUGCUGCAUAUACACCGCAUUAG